AUGCACGGUGCUGCGCAAAUUAGAUAUGAGAAGCCAUCAGAAAGAAGCACGAUAGCCAAUUUGGCUAACAUGAUCAUUGGCCAGACGGGCAGCAUCGAAAGCUCUUUGAUUCUCUACCAUGAUCGUGGAGGCUCUGAUACCAUAUACUAUACUGAUCCUUCUGGCACAUUCUGGCAAUGCAACGCAAAAGCCAUUGGUUCAGGUUCAGAAGGUGCUGACAGCUCGUUGCAGGAGCAAUUCAACAAGGACCUUUCCCUCAAGGAGGCUGAAAAGAUAGCAUUGUCAAUUCUGAAGCAAGUGAUGGAAGAAAAGGUGACUCCCAAUAACGUGGAUAUUGCGAGGGUAUCACCAACUUAUCAUCUCUACUCGCCUUCUGAGGUGGAAGAUGUUAUCAGCCGCCUAUAAGAAAGCACUCUCGUUAUGCUUGUACACUAUUUCUGUUAUAGGCAAUGUUUGCUUUCAAUUGUGCUAGAAUUUGUGAAUUAUUUUUGCCCUUCAAGCAUGAUACCUUGUUAGA